UCCCAGCCAUGUGGGGUUAGCCGAAAAAGAAGCAAAACCCCACUUCCUACCAUGCGUCCAGCCUCCCCUCACCGACCGUGGGGCCUUUGGAUUGGAAGCUGCUUUUCAAAUCAAAACGUAUCCACGGGGUGGAAUUUUCGAAUUUUGCUGUCCUUUUAAUGUUUUCGUCUGGACUUCAUCAGUUCUUCCAGACACUUCCUGAGAGAAUGGGGGCAGGAGCGCUAGCCAUCUGUCAAAGUAAAGCAGCAGUUCGGCUGAAAGAAGAUAUGAAAAAGAUAGUGGCAGUGCCACUGAGUGAAGAGAAGAAUCCUACCUGUAAGAAGUUAUUUGGAGUCAGUCUCCAGGAGCUCCAGCGGCAGGGGCUCAUGGAGAAUGGCGUUCCCACUGUAGUGUGGAGCCUCGUGGAGUAUUUGACGCUGCACGGACUCACCCAGGAAGGCCUUUUCAGAGUGAACGGGAACGUGAAGGUGGUGGACCGACUGCGGCAGCAGUUCGAGAGCGGGGCGCGCGUGGAGCUGCAGGAGUUGGGCGACGUGUGCGCAGCCGCCAGCUUGCUGAAGCUCUUCCUGCGCGAGCUGCCGGAGGGCGUCAUCCCUUCUGCGCUGCACCCACGGUUCAUCCAGCUCUUUAAGGAUGGCAGAUGUGAUGCUCAGGAACAUAGUUUAAGAGAUUUAAUAAGAGAGCUUCCAGAUACCCACUACUGCCUCCUCAAGUACCUCUGCCAGUUCUUGACAAAAGUGGCCAAGCAUCACCUGCAGAAUCGCAUGAAUGUUCACAAUCUCGCCACUGUGUUCGGGCCAAACUUCUUUCAUGUGCCAACUGGGCUUGAAGGCAUGAAAGAACAGGACCUUUGCAACAAGAUAAUGGCUAAAAUCCUAGAAAAUUAUAAUACCCUCUUUGAAGUAGCAUAUACAGAAAAUGAUAAUCAGAGGUGUGAAAACCUGGCUAGGCUUAUCAUAGUAAAAGAGGCCAAUUGUAAGAAAUCUCUACCCAUCCUUUUAACAAAAGACCUAGAAAGAGAUAUGCCAAAACCAUCUCCAAGAGCCAAGAUCCCAAAGUCCAGGAGUGAGGGAUCUAUUCAUGGCCACAGGGUACUGCAACCAGAGCCGUCUGCCGGUGUUCCUCAGGUCAACCUGCGGCUAAGUCGUAGGAAGCCCUGCUUGGAUGACAUGAAUUCAGCAGAGGACGGUGGUGCCAAGUUGGUAUCCAGUUCGCAGGAAGAUGAAAGACCCUUGUCACCUUUCUAUUUGAGUGCUCAUGUGUCCCAAGUCAGCAGUGUUUCAACCACUGGAGAACUCUUAGAGAGAACCAUCCGGUCAGCUGUGGAACAGCAUCUUUUUGAUGUUAACGGCUCUGGAGGUCAAAGUUCAGAGGACUCAGAAUCUGGAACCUCUUCAGCAUCUUCUUCCAGCUCCGCCAGACAGCGACGACGCCAAUCCAAGGAGCAGGAUGAAGUUCGUUGUUGUAGAGAUAAGGGACUUAUCAACAAAGAAAAUAUUCCUUCUGGUUUCAACAGCCUCGAUGAGUGUAUCUUGAAUACUCAGGAAGUAGAAAAGUUACAUGAGAACACCUCUGAUUAUAUUGGAGAAAGAAGCAAACCUAAACGUCAAAAAUCCAGUUCAAAACUUUCUGAGCUCCAUGAAAAUCAAGACAGCCUUCUGAACGUGGAAAGUCUCAGUUCCACUCGGUCACAUGAGAAGCCUGGACCUGAUGAUAUUGAACCGAUGUCCAAUGAAAGCAAAGAAAAUGAAAGAGGGGAUGGACACACGGAGCAUUUUGAGAGCACCACAAUGAAGAUCCAGGAGCAUCCCAGCAUACCUGAUACCAAACAGCAGAGGAAUCAAGAUGCUGAUGACCAGCCAGAAAGCUUUGUCUCAGAAGUGCCCCAGUUGGACCUGACGGCAUUGUGUGAUGAGAAGAACUGGGAAGAACCCAUCCCUACUUUCUCAUCCUGGCAGCGAGAGAACGUGGACUCUGACGAAGCUCGCCUCUCCCCGCAGGCGGGGCGCCUGAUUCGCCAGCUUCUGGAUGAGGACAGUGACCCCAUGCUCUCUCCUCGGUUCUAUGCUUAUGGGCAGAGUCGCCAAUACCUGGAUGACACAGAAGUGCCUCCUUCUCCCCCGAAUUCCCAUUCUUUCAUGAGGCGGCGAAGCUCRUCUCUGGGUUCCUAUGAUGAUGAGCAAGAGGACCUGACACCCGCCCAGCUCACACGAAGGAUUCAGAGCCUGAAAAAGAAGAUCCGAAAGUUUGAGGACAGAUUUGAAGAAGAGAGGAAGUACAGACCUUCCCACAGUGACAAAGCAGCCAAUCCAGAGGUUCUGAAGUGGACAAAUGACCUUGCCAAAUUCCGGAAGCAACUUAAGGAAUCAAAACUAAAGAUAUCUGAAGAGGACYUAACGCCCAGGGUGAGGCAGCGAAGCAACACACUUCCCAAGAGUUUUGGUUCCCAGCUUGAAAAAGACGACGAGAAGAAGCAGGAGCUGGUAGACAAAGCCAUCAAGCCCAGCGUUGAAGCCACCCUGGAGUCCAUCCAGAGGAAGCUCCAGGAGAAGAGGGCAGAGACCAGUCGUCCUGAGGACAUUAAGGAUAUGACCAAAGACCAGAUUGCUAAUGAGAAAGUGGCUCUGCAGAAGGCGCUCCUGUAUUAUGAAAGCAUUCACGGAAGGCCGGUGACAARGAAUGAACGUCAGGUUAUGAAGCCACUAUACGACAGGUACCGGCUAGUGAAACAGAUCCUGUCCCGGGUCAACACUGUACCCAUCAUUGGUUCCCCCUCCAGCAAGCGGAGAAGCCCUUUGCUGCAACCAAUUAUCGAGGGUGAAACUGCUUCCUUCUUCAAGGAGAUAAAGGAAGAAGAGGARGGGUCAGAAGACGAUAGCCACACGAAGCCUGACUUCACAGUCACUCUCAAAACAGAUUUCAGUGCACGUUGUUUUCUGGACCAAUUCGAAGAUGAUGCCGAUGGGUUUAUUUCCCCAAUGGAUGAUAAAAUACCAUCAAAAUGCAGCCAGGACACAGGGCUUUCAAAUCUGCACGCUGCGUCCAUACCUGAACUCUUGGAACACCUUCAGGAAAUGAGAGAAGAAAAGAAAAAAAUUCGAAAGAAACUUCGUGAUUUUGAAGAUAAUUUCUUCAGACAAAAUGGAAGAAACGUCCAGAAGGAAGACCGCACUCCUAUGGCMGAAGAAUACAACGAAUACAAACACAUAAAGGCGAAACUCAGACUCCUAGAGGUGCUCAUCAGCAAGAGAGACACUGAUUCCAAGUCCAUGUAAGGGGCACCCCAGCCCAGCAAGGGGUGCCUGCGGAUGCAAAGAGGACUUACUGUUCUCCUGGUACAGAGCAGAUCUAGAAGGCAGCCUUGGAUCUGAACCUCCAAAGCCUGACGCCCUUCUGCCGCCRGGCCUUUUGGGUGGGCUCCUGUUCCUGCUGCCUGCCUUAGAAACUGCCUCCAUGGAAGAUGACAGUGUGACCUGACUUGGGAAUUUUGUCAUAAGAAGUCAAGAUUCCUGCACACUUACACACUUGUAGUGGGAACUUCACUAACACUAACAGUGAUGAAUCACUACCUUAGCCACACCCAUCUACAGAGAUUAUACACUGUUUUUCCCUGGACAACUGAGAAACCAGAGAGAACAUUCUCUAACUGUGAUAAAAACAAGCUCAGGACUUUACYCUGUAGAGUGAAUUUGCUGUGGAGGUCCAGGUCCCUCUCUGGACCCAGUCAAGUGUGACCAUGCAUUGGAGCCCUAUUUGCUGCCUUGGCCAUUCUAGUGACCUUCCCACAGAGCUGCGCCUUCCCCACGUGUGAAUUGAUUUUCCCUCCAGCUCUCAGAUGGAAGCUGCAUCUGCCCAUAGUGGCAUAGCAGUCAUCUAUGUGAGGGUGCGUUUCUUCAGGACUUCCUCAGCUGACAGAUCCAGUCCCUGAUGAGGACUUAAUCUAUCUUCAGAGGACAGAGGGAUUGYAGCAGCAGCCAUAUUAAUACUGAUUUUUAAAUCAGGUAACAGGUGAAGAGCCUGGAGAUUGUUUCUUGAACACUGACUGCACUUACCAGUCUGGUUUUAAUAUUAAACRCUAAGCGAGGCCAGCAUGCCUAUGUAACCUGCCGAGGGCUUGAUUUUGUUGUGGUUCUAGCCAAACUUAAAGGGCCUUGCUUAAUUCUUAGCCUCAGUGUAGAGGAUCAUGUGAGAGAGGGAGCCUGUGCCAUCAGCCUCCUGAAUAUACCUACCAGAGUUUAAUUUUUCUAAAAAAGUAAAUCUGCACUAAAAUCCCCAGACGGGUAAAUGUAGCCCUCAGAGCUCAGCUCAAGGCAGAAUCUAGCUCACACUACUUUCAAGAGCAUAUAGAGUAGAAAAAAAACGGCAUAUAUAUAGCCAAUUUUGAUUGUAAUUUUUUUCAAAGACUGUGUCACAAAGCUGUCUAUAUUAGACGUUUUGGAGGGACCAGGGAAUUUAAGACACCAAAUCAUUCAUCUCUUCAUUGUGCUUGAUGUCACGCUGUGAUUUGUUUUUCUUUUUCACCUUCUGUGUCUGCCCUGAGGAAGAGGGUUUGGGGUCCACCCUUGUGCUUUGUGAGGCAGAGCCCUGGUGUCUGCUUGUCCACCAGGCUGAAGUGCCAUCUCAGAGGCUCCACCUCCUGAAGACAAUAUUGCAGGGUGGACAGGACAGCAGGGACCUCCUCCUGUUCUGAGAGUUGCUUUCUUCAAGGUUGCAGUUUUGUUUUCUAAAAAGGAAAGGGAUAGAAUGUAAAGCCGCACCAACCAGUUGUCAAUUGUAAUAAUGGGUCUUAAACACCUGGUGGCGGAUUUACUUCUCCAUUGCUGAAAUGAGAUAGCAGCUCUCCUCUGUUCAAGUGAUGGUGGGGAGGGGGGUCAGGAGAAAGGAAUGCCUUUAAGUUUUUCUUAAUCAUAUAGAAGCAUGAGCUAUGUGUUGGAAGUGCCCUCAUUUUAAUCCACACAUUUAAAGAUGGUACAUAAUCCUACAAAUUUAAAUGUACAUGAAAAUAUAGUUUGAUAUUCUUUGCUCUACUGUUUACAUUACAGAUCGUUAURAUUUCAAGGAGUUAUAUUAUAAAUAAAAUGAUGCACUUUAGGAUGUUUUCUAUUUUUGAAAUCUGAACAUGAAUCAUUCACAUGACCAAAAAUUGUAUUUUUAAAAAGAAAUACAUGUCUAGUCUGUCCUUUUUAACUGUUCUCUUAAAUAAGCUAUGAUAUAAAUCAAAUUAUCAGUUCACUUUUGAAGCACAUCUAAGAGUAUUGUUUUGAAAAAAUAUCCUAUAGAAUUUUUAAACUCCAUAUAAGUGAGAAGCUAGUAGGUUUUUGAAAUCUGUUCUUUCUGCCAAAGGUAAAUUAACUAAAAGAUUUAUUCAGGAAUCCCCAUUCAAAUUUGUAUGAUUCAAUAAAAGAAAACACCAACUUAUAGUAAA